AUGCAGCGUGUCCGUCAGGAGGAGUUGGCCCAGGGCAAGAAAAGGCCAACUGGUCGCGAUCUGCCUAAACGACCCUCCCGAAUUGCCAUUCGAAGCAGGUCCACUGACUCAGACUCGUCGGGGGUGAGCGAUCCCAGCUCUGCUCGCUCCGAAUCCAUCGCCUUGAACACUCCUGUGCCCUCCUCCUCAGCAGCCUUUGACGGUGGGGCAACUACCUUCUCUCCUCCUCGACACCCGUCCCAGCGGCUUCAGUUGUUCAUUGCACCGGCUGUUCAUGAGCUUGACCCGUUUGAUACUCUUCCCACCCAUGGGGUACCGCACAAAUCUGUCGAAGGUCUACUACAAUAUUGUUUCGAUACUCUGCUGCCCAUGACCUUCUCGAUCGAGACCGCUUCCUACAGCGAGCGAAUGGCCAGACAGGGCCUGGUUCUCCGGCAGAAGGCUACGAGUCCGGCUGUAUUCCUCGGCUUCAUGGCCACCGUCGCUGCUCAUCGAGCCAUCCUUCGAGGCAACCAUCAAGACCUUGCGCCGUCCGAAACUAAUCAUGAUGACCUCAUCACAGAUCCAGAUUACAAAAGAGUGAAGCACCACACUAUUGUUGCUGUUCGAAAGAUGAUCGAAAAUCGCACCGCCAGAGUGGGCCAGUACUUGAUUGAUGCUUGUUUUGGCUUGGUCUCUGUCGCCACAAUCGUUGGUAAUUUCCGCGAAGCCAGAGUACACCUUCAAGGAAUUUCACAGAUGAUGUCCAUUGCCGAGAUCUCUCAAGAAUCUGUAGAAUGGCUCCCAAUUACUGAUGUCAAGCUUGCCACUGCACUACUGUCCAAACCAUCAUUACCUCUCCCGUGGGAACGCCAACCGAUCCCGCAGGAGAUUUUGCAACUGGUUUCACCGCCAUCAGAUUCGGAUCAAAGCCGUUUGGGAACAAGUUUAACACACUUCGCAGGAUUGAGUAGCCACCUCAAGGAAUUGAUUUCCCGGCAUCGCGACAUUUGCGACAUUUGCGAGUUCAAUGUACAAAACCAAGGGAGCCUCUCGCAUUUGCAAAAUCGUACUUUGAACCGAAAGGCCACGGAACUCGAAUAUGACUUGACGGCAUAUCCAUACGAAACAUCACUUUUUGAACGCGACCAUAAUAAUCAACCAAUCAUACCUGCGCUUGAGAACAUGGUCCGACUUGCUAGUUUAGGCCUCUUAGCCAUUGCGCCACAUGCCAUCCUCCCUUCAACCGGGUCAGGUCGAGCCACAACGCAUCAUCAAAAACGUGCUUUCGAGGACUGGUUGAGAGAGCGGCGGAAUAAUUGUGGCCGACCAGAGCUGCAAGUCAUCCUAUGGUCAUUGUUUUGUUUUAUCCAAUGCGCAGAACAUCAACCCGAAGCUGACUUCUUUAUCCAACAACUGGCACUGCUGACCCGCGAGUUGUGGCUGAUCAAAUGGCAUAACACUGAGGCUACCAUGUAUGGAUUCUUAUACAUACCGGGACUUCAAGCAAAGAAGUGGGAAAAUAUCUACCACUCGGCGAUGAGUGUACGAUGA